GGCGUGGUGACAUCAUCGCCCAACAUGUGGCAUGAUUCACGAAAGAGAAAUUUCAGCCUCGACACACGUUUUAGCACGAGUCUCCACCGGCACCGGCUCGCACAACUCCUCUAGUACCUUCCCGAGAUGCCGUUCUACGCUGUUGCCAGGGGACACAGCCCAGGAGUUUACACUUCAUGGCCUGAUGCCCAAGCCCAGAUUAAUGGCUAUACGGCAGCUCGGUACAAGAAGUUUGAUACCAAAGAUGAAGCUGAAGAAUUUGUCAAGGAAAAUGCUCUCAAAGCCAGUGGUAGACCGCCGCGCGAGAAGGCAUCAGGGGAUUCCCAAGUUGAAGGGAAAAGAAAACGAGAUGAUGAUGAGGAAGAAGAAGAAGAAGGCCAAGGAGAGAAGAAACUGCAUGUGGAUGAAGGAGAAAAGAAAACCGAGGAUGGCUUAUCUUUAGAUGAUGAAGGUUACCUUGUUGUUUAUUCUGUUGGGGUGUGCGAGUUCCAUGGAAAAAGCGGACAGAAAUCUGGCUGUGGUGUCUUCUUUGCAGAGGAUCACGAAAGGAAUGUGUCUGUGCCUUUGAAGGGGAAAGCCUCCAACAACGCAGCAGACAUUCAGGCAGCCACUCAUGCACUUAUUACUGCUAAAGCUGCUGGUUAUGACAAGGUGGCAGUCCACACUGACUCACAGUUCAUGAUCAACUGCAUGACCUCAUGGCUGAAGAACUGGAAGAAGAAGGACUGGAAGAAGAGUGAUGGAGAGUCCGUGAAGAACAAGGAAGAACUGAUUGAACUGGAUAAGGCUACAGAAGGACUCGCUGUGAAAUGGAUCCACGUGAAGGCAAAAUCAGGAAUUGUCGGUAAUGAUGAGGCUAGGAAGCUGGCCAAGGUUGGCGCUAAGCAGUACGAAGCUGAUGCCUAAUACAAUUAUUCCAUGAUAAAGGGUUCAAAAUUUUGUGAUGCUUUACAGUUCAUCACUUACUGCAGUUUUUUAUCUUAUUAACAUCAUAUAUCUCUGUUAUCUCACUAUCAAUCGUGCAGUGGAAGAAAGAGGUUUAUAAAGAUGGUGUUUUGAAGUCUCUCUUGCUCAGAAGAAAGCUAAAUCAUGCCAAAAAGAAAUAUAUAAUAAUGAUAAAAUGUCAGAUUUUCCACUGCAUUUUUUGCUUCAUUCAUAAGUAUCUCAUUAUGCCUUCAUGUCUGAAUAUCUGUAUGCAAUUCCUCACCCUUGAAUUUAUCCAGACGCCGAUCUCCGAAAAAUGAAGGUGUCACGAAAUGAUGGAAUGAAUUAUUCCAGUCAUCACCUUGUCAGAUGUAGCUUGAUUUCUGCCUGCCGAGAUCUGGAUAAGUGAAGGGGUGCGUGAAAGCAACUUAGGUUGUGAACACUGCCAGCGAUGUUAUUGGUGCUACUCAGUCUUUGUCUUGGCAUUUAUUUAGCCUCCAGAAAAUAAGCUUUAAAUGCAAGGUGGAAGGACAUAUAAUAUUAAGAACAGAUGGUCUAUUCUUCCAGAAAUAGUUCUAGUUUUAUAUAUUAUUGGUAUAUAUUGUCAGCAAGAAAAUGCCAAAUGAAUUAGAGGAGGGAAAAGAAUCCAUGGUCUGGUAAAGUAGAUGACCUAUAAACAAUGAGGAAUUAUGAAUAAAGUAGUCCCAAUUUUUUUCUUCUUCUUCUUCUGUUUCUUCAUCUUUAUUGUCCUUCUUUUGCAUCUUAUCUCCUUCUUUAUCAUCAUUCUCUUUCUUGCUUUUCUUCUUUUUUCUCCAUGUUUUCCUUCUUACUGCAUUACCUCUUCGUACUACAUCAUUAUCUUCAGUCUCAUCUUCCAUAUUUCACCUUGCAUAUUUUAUAUAGUAUCCGAGAAAUGGCAGAAAAUUAAUGUUGUUUGGUGGCAGUUUUUUCAAUUCUUUGAUGUUUGAUUAUACUUUUAUUUAUUUAUUUAUUUUUGUUUUGUAAAAGAAAGAUAUACAUUUCUUAAAUUUAAUUACCAUAUUGUGCAAUGUAUUACUGGUAUAUACUUGAAAUGUUGUUAAAUUACCUUUCAAAAUGUAGCUUUGAAGUUGUGAAUACUUAAUAUUGUUUUAUUUUAAACAUUUAGUUUAUUAUCAGAGAGUAUAAUUAUUUUCCUAUUAAAGAGAAUUGUCUGUAAAUCUUGGUAGAUUACCAAGCUAUUAUGGAGCACAGUGAACUUUGUAACAAAUAAUUUAUUUUAGGGAAUUAUUCAUAUCUUCAUUGAAAUUUCUACUAAACAUUCUUUCAUUAGUAAUUUGUAUGACAAAGCAAUAAAUGUUAUUCCAAGACUGUAUUAAGAAUACUCUAUUCUUGAUUAGUUCAUGAGAUCAUUUGCUCUGUAUGUGUGUGUUUAUGCCAUGUUUAUGUUACUGUGUUUGUAUUAGUCAUGUUUGUUAGGAAAGUUUUUCACAUAAUAUGAACAUUAUGUUGUCUGUGCAUUCUUUUUGACAGCUGAGGAGUGACUGAUAAACGAAGGCUAUUUUCCAAAGGUUGAUCUUAUUUUUCAUGUUUUAUUUAAUUUAUGUAAUCUGUUGGCAAUAAAAAGGGAAAUUGCAGAAGGCUGUAUUAACCUGAUAGAUAUAUGGAGAUGUGUAUAAGUAUUUUCAUGUAAGGAGCCAUUCUUCUAUUAAUGUUUGCAGGUGUUGGUGAUGGUUUUGUGUGUGUUGAUGCAUGCAAAUGAUAAAUAACAUACUGUAUGUACUUACCAAAUAUGCAUUUUUGUGCCCAGUACUGUUGAACUGUCAUACUUCAUUUAUGUAAGUUUAGCUAACAAACUAUUUGCUUUAUGCAGGAUAAAUAAAAUGUUUCAGAUAGAAUUUUGCAGAAGCUACCUCUUUAUUGCUUUAAUUAACACAGUAUUGUUAUUUAGCAUUUAUUUUCUUAACAGAUGAACAAAUAAGGAUCUUAACCAUAUUUUUAUUUUCGAAGUUUUGUGUAUUUUUAUGUUCCUGUACAAAAAAAAUGUACCUCUGGAGUGUUUUCCUGUGUUAACUUUAACCUGUGUGUUAUUCCCUUCCCAGAGGGCAAAAGAUCUGUUUCUUAUCUAUUAAAAAAAAUAAAACCUA